AUGGAAGCACUACUGAUGGAUUCUUUAGAUCAACAUGACCAGGAGAAACUUAUCUUCAUCAUCACUUUACCUCUAUCCUCCGUUAUCAUCCUCACCAACCUCCUGAUCAUUGUAGCCAUUGCCUGUAACCGCCAGCUACACGAUACACCAAACUACUUCUUCCUGAGCCUGCUGGUGGCUGAUCUGUGCACGGGCUUCGCUCUACCGUUCAUCCCACGCAUGGGUCUCGAUCGAUCGCUGCAUUUCAUACCUUGCCUGCUGGUCCACAUCUUUCCCAACUUCCUCUUUCUGUCCUUCCUCUUUAACCUGGUCAUGGUGCACUACGAGCGCUACCUGUGCAUCGUCCAUCCGUUGCACUACAGCCAGUUCUGGGUGCAUCGCCGCUUCCCGGCUGCACUUUUGGCUGUAUGGAUUCCACCACUGCUUUUUGCUAGUCUACCAGCAUUCGGAUGGAAUAACUGGACUGUAUUCAAUGGAAACACAACAGAGAUGAGGAACUGUACUGGACACACGUGUGACAGUGAAGAACAUUGCUCCUACAGGCAAAUUUUCCCCAAAUCCUUCAUCUACAUGGAAGUCUAUGGUCUUCUUCUUCCUGCUAUCAUAUCCAUCCUGGUCAUGACUGGCCGCGUUCUCUGGAUUGCCCACAAACAGGUACAGGACAUUUGUAAACUAAGCCGCUCUGUGGAAGCCUCAGAACAUGAGCACCAUCUCAAUCUGCGCUAUGCAAAGUGUAUUGCUGCUGUCUCACUCACGUUUCUGGUCUGCUGGGUGCCCUACAUUGUCUACCUGCACUUCUCAGUUGCAGCCUUUCGAGGAGGUGGAAAACGCUCUUCCAUUAUUAUCAUCCUCUCGUGUACGGGUAUCGGCAGCAUGGCUAUUAUUCCCAUCAUACUCAGUCUAGCCAACCGUCAGUACACACAACCAGUACGAAAUAUGCUGAUGAAAAUGACCACUGUACUGGACCGCUGUAAAUCAAGAAAUAUUUCUUCCUGA